AUGCAACCUCACUUUGAUUGUCCUGGCUGCAGCGGCCCUUUGCCUUCGUCUUUCCUCGACAAUCGCCGCCCACUUGAGCCGCACCUCGUCCACCCGCUGCCGCCGCGCCAUCCACUUCCGCCUCCACAGCGCCAUCUGAUACAUCGAAAGAUGCGGAUUCUCGUUCGGCAGCCUUACCCCUCUCUUCUUUCCACAUCCCUUCCCCGGAUACUCCACGCCAGCAAGCGCAUCAUCCACCAACGCAACCCUCCACCUCCACCGCCGCAUCUCAUGAACCUCCUCCACAUCCCGACACAGCGUCAACAGCCCCCGCCGCGAGAGAUAAUGCACAUGGAUAUGGAAAUCAAGCAUGUACCGCGCGAACAGCGCCCCGCCUUCACCUUCGCCUUCGCCUUCUUCCCUUCUGCCCGCUUCUCGCUCCGCCAGUUCCCCCAAAACAGUACUGUAGCUCUCGUGCUGCUCCGGCGUCAUCAGCCUUCGAUAUCCUGGUACCUUCGGCGCUGGGGGUAUCGUUCGCGGGGAUACGCCAUCUAUCUCUGCAGUGUGCGGGUGCAGGAACGGCGGGUCGCGGUGGGGAUUGUAGAGGCCUGUGGCGAGGGCGUUGAGGAGGGAUGCGCGGGGGAGUUGGGUGAGUUUACAGGUUGUGCAGUGGAGGGCUUCGUCCAGGGAGGAGUUCUGUGUGCUCCGUAUGUUAGUCUGCGUUGCAUUAAUUUGGUUUGGGGACUUGCCAUUUCUUGUUCUUCGGGGUCUGGAGCUGGCAUAUUGAGCAUCAGCGACGACGACCCUCUAGCCAAAUACUUUGAUCCGCAAACGUCUCUACUGCUCGAGUACAUCCUUGAGCCUCCCUCUCCGCCUGUAGCAACGUGGGAACGAGACCUCCAGCACCGUAUCGACAACGGGCGAGGGCUGUCUGCAUCGAUAGAUCGUUUUGUGGAUCGGACUGUUAGACGCAUCGAGGCGGUGAUAGGUCAUGCGUGA